GUAUAACUCGCGUGUGCGUUUGAACUUUUCAUCAUUUCACUUCCAAACGCCGAGCCGGACGCAUCGGCCGCAAGCUCACCUUUACCUCUUCUCACAGCAGUGUGUGCAUAGCUAAAUAAUACACAAGUGCCCGUCGUCGGUGCAAGUGCGCAAGAAGUCGUCGGCUGAUUAAAGGUUUUCGGCGCGCUCGUCGCAAUUUCCAAACAUUUCUCGUCCGCUUUUCGGCAGGGUAAAAUUUAAGACUCAUGCGCGUGAAACGGUGCGAUCGGAAUUUCGAAAUUUGGGUCCUGUAAGGAGGAUCGUCGAUUCUUAUCACCAGCCAGCGGCGACGCUCGAAGCUUUAGAAAACCGCUGGAAUAAAGAGCGUGGGACGUUUGUGCGUGCUUAAGUGGCUCUAUAUAUUAUAAUAUAAAUAUUAUAAUCAGCUGAGCAAUUUUCGCGCUGUGCAAUUUUUACUCGUUGUCGACAUUUUUUUGUCCGCCUCCUAGAACAAGUGAUCGAAGAAUCGCCGAGUAAAGAAUCAGACAAGAAAAGAAGCAGACCAUACAAAAGCAGGACCCAGUAUGAAUCUCGACGAGUAUCGCCAGCACGGCAAGGAAAUGGUCGACUACAUAGCCGACUACCUGGAGACGAUCCGCAGCCGCCGCGUGUAUCCCGCGGUGUCGCCGGGCUACCUGCGCAACAUCCUGCCGAGCUCGGCGCCCGUCAACGGCGAGGCCUGGUCGGCCAUAUUCGACGACAUCGAAAAGUGCAUCAUGCCCGGCGUCACCCACUGGCAGUCCCCCCACAUGCACGCCUAUUUUCCAGCGCUCAAUUCGCCCGCGAGUCUGCUCGCCGACAUGCUGGCCGACGCGAUCAACUGCUUAGGUUUCACUUGGGCAUCGAGCCCGGUCUGCACAGAGCUCGAGACCAUCGUGAUGAACUGGCUGGGCAAGAUGAUCGGCCUGCCGGAUGACUUCCUGCACAAAGCCGGAAGCACCGGAAGCGGCGGGGGCGUCAUUCAAACGACCGCGAGCGAGGCCACCCUCGUGUGCCUGCUGGCCGCCAGGACCCGAGCCAUCCGCGACGUGCAGGAGACCAACCCGGAGCUGUCCGUCGCCGAGAUCAACUCGAGGCUCGUCGCCUACUGCUCCGACCAAGCACAUUCGAGCGUCGAGAAGGCUGGACUCAUUGGAUUAGUGCGCAUGAGAUACAUCGAUUCCGACGAGAAUCUCAGCAUGAGGGGCGAAAUGCUGAUCGAGGCGCUCGAGCGAGAUCGCGAGGACGGGCUCGUGCCAUUUUUCGUUUGCGCGACGCUGGGUACGACUGGAGCUUGCUCGUUCGAUAAUGUCGAAGAAAUUGGACCGAUAUGUGCGAAAAAUGGAUUGUGGCUGCACAUCGACGCCGCUUACGCCGGAAGCGCCUUCAUAUGCCCGGAAUUUCGCGGCUGGAUGAAGGGCAUCGAGCACGCCGAGUCUUUCGCUUUUAAUCCCAGCAAGUGGCUCAUGGUUCACUUUGAUUGUACCGCUAUGUGGGUUAGGAAUAGUCAAAAUCUGCAUAGAACAUUCAAUGUAGAUCCAAUCUAUCUCAAACACGAAAAUUCAGGCCUGGCAAUUGACUACAUGCAUUGGCAAAUACCACUAUCAAAACGAUUCCGAGCCCUCAAGUUAUGGUUUGUCAUCAGAAAUUACGGAGUUUCGGGUUUGCAAAAACACAUUCGCGAGGGAGUACGAUUAGCUCAAAAAUUCGAGGCUCUAGUUCUGGCUGAUUCUCGUUUCGAAAUACCAGCCGCCAGACAUUUGGGCAUGGUAGUCUUUCGACUGCGAGGUGAGAAUUCACUGACGGAAAAAUUACUUAAGAAAAUGAAUUCUCGAGGACGCGUACAUUGCGUCCCAGCGGCAUUGCACGGAAAAUACGUCGUUAGAUUCACCAUUACAUCUACGUAUACUACCAAUAACGAUAUUCUUCGAGAUUGGGCUGAAAUAAAGAGCACAGCCACGGAGAUUUUGGGAACAGGCAGUGUGUCACCAGCCAGAACACGAGUCACUUUAGCCGAAACUCGCGAGAGAAACGAACAUUUCGGCUCUAGCCUCCUGCUGGCCAAUUCUCCGAUGUCACCGAAGAUAGUGAACGGCAGUUUUGCCGCCAUAUACGAUGCGGCCGACGUCUUCAACGAGUGCAUGAAGACCUUUGGCCAGCUUCGUCUGGAGGCUCGGGAUAGUCCAGAUUUAAGAAUCGUUUACUUCAACAAUUUUAAACUUUUUCAUGUUUUUUUCGCCAUUACAAACGAUACUAUCGUUCUUAUCUUAGCUAUGCGUCGACGCAUCCGAGGAAUUCUCAUGUCAGGCAAACAAUUCUCGCUCGACUCGCGCAUGGAUUUGGUUCAGGGCUACGCAUCCUGCGCCCGGCCACUAUCCGAGCCCUGCGCCAAUCUGUUGCAAGUGCGCGAGGACGAAGAUCAGACGAGCAAAAAUGACUCGAGCCUGAGCAUCGAUAAGUCAGGAUCGACAAUCGAUUCUUCCACGAGCCUCGAAAACCACUUAAAUUCUCAAGACGAUAGCGACGACAAAACCAACGACACCAACGAUAGCAACGGCUCCUGCGACAAGAUCCAGCCGUACGACGGCAUUAUAAUGAGCAACGGCUUCAUCGAGAAUUUCGUAAGCAAGGGAUUGUGCAAGAGCGAGACCAUCGGGGCAAUUAACUGCCUGAACGAUAUCGCCGACGGCAAGACUACUAUUUGCUCGAUCGAGGAUGACUUCAAGGAUAGUGCACAAUUUUGCCAGAAAUGCGGCCAUUUCUACGUGAAGCAGCAAUAAUAUUCAAUCAAAUGUCUAUCGGCAAUGCAAGUUUUCGUCCGAGCUCGAUGGUUAAAACAAUUUUUUGCAAUCGUCGAUUCGUAAUGUUCGAUGUUUUUCAUUAGCGAGUAGCAACGUUUUAAGCUAAUAGUCAGAUCGUUCGAUAGUUACUAAGCAAAGAUGAGCGCAAGAUAUAUUUUUCUAUUUUAUUUUAAAAUAUUAGAACAUGACACGUUGUUGUUACGACGAUGAGGCUACACGUUCAAAAACCAACAAAAAUGUUACGUUUAAUAAUACCGAUGGCAUUUUUUCCGAUAUUCUUUGCUCGUUUAAAAUCUAGAUAAUAAUCAUUAGCCAAAGUAAAUAAAGGAAUGGAAAUAUUAAGUUACAGAGUUGGUCCUUCUGAAAAUAUGUCAUUGUAAAAGUGUGAAAUACAAAAUAGUGAUUAUAGAAAUGUAUCGAUAAAAUGAUUAGACAAAUA